AUGCCACCAGCUCCCUCCGGCAUCGUCGCCGUCCGUCUCCCCCCAUCUUUCCUCAUCCCUCGCUACCUGCCCCGAAAAUCCAUCAAAGCAACUCAAAAACGUACUUUCGGCAUCCGCUCAACAGAUCCGCCUAAACCGAACCCUUACAAUGUUGUUCCGGGCAUCAAGCCUCUCCUCUCCACCCAAACCGCGGCUUUUGAGCGGAAAAUUAAAUCUGACACGCUUCCCUUGAGAACGGGAGCUCUGGCAUUCAAGAAGGGGAUGACAGCUAUUUUCGACGUCGAAUCCGGAAAAAGAAUCCCCUGCACCGUUCUCCAGCUAGAUCGCAAUCAGGUCGUCAGUCACAAGACGCGGAAGCGACAUGGAUACUAUGCAGUAUGUGUGGGUUGUGGAACGAUCAAUCCCAAGAAUGUGACCAAGCCGAUGCUCGGCCAUUACUCUGUCCAGGGAGUGAGUCCCAAGCGGCAUCAACGCGAAUUCCGUGUUCGGGGACCAGGGGCACUAUUACCCGUUGGCGAAGAAAUCAGGGCGAACUGGUUCAUUGAGGGACAAUAUGUGGAUACACGUUCAAACUGCAAAGGCAAAGGCUUCGCCGGUGCGAUGAAAAAAUGGGGCUUUCACGGGCAAGAUCGAAGCCACGGUCAUUCCUUGUCGCACAGAUCACUUGGUUCAUUAGGUCAGGGCCAAGGUGGUGGUAGUCGCGUGUACCCUGGUAAGAAGAUGCCUGGAAGAAUGGGCGGACAGAGAAAUACGGUGCAAAAUUUGAGAGUGCUGCAAUCCGAUGUCGAGAAUGGAAUUGUGGUCGUGAAUGGUGCUGUGAGUGGUCCGAAGGGCUGCUUGGUGAUGAUUCAAGAUGCGUUGAAGAAACCCUGGCCUCACAUCCCCGACGAAUUGAAUCCCCGGAAGCCCAAUCCGAAGCCGGAGAAGGCUAUCAGUGCCGAAGCUAGAGAAUCAACACCCUGUUGA